CAGGAACUUAAGGUUGAGGUGGAAAAUUACAGAGAAAACAACGCAAGACAGUCUGCAAUGAUCACAUCUUUAAGAGCAAGAGUUCAUGAGACAGAGGAAGAAACAGGUCUACUGGCCACCUCCAAGUCUAGGGCAGAAUUAACUAUUCAGGCAGUUCUUCAUGAAAACCGAGAACUGAAAGACAGAAUCCAAGAAAUGGAAUCAAGGCUAAAAACUUUUGUGGCUCAGUGGGAGGACAGCAAGUCUCAGGCUUCAAGAUACAGCAGGAAUUAUGGACAUUUCCUGGCACAACUGUCUGCUUGUUUGAAUGUAGACAUAAAAGGCCAGAAGGAUCCAGAGGAACUGGUAAUUUCCAAGACAGGUGAUCUUUUGAAGGAGAAUAUAGAAUUGAAGGGUAAUGUUGUCACUCUAAAGGAAACCAUCAACGUUCAUGAGACAGAAUCAAAAGCCAGCAGGGAAACCAUCAUGAAACUUGUUUCUGAAAUAAACAAAGAGAAAAAGAAGAGCGGUUCAUUUGUUCAACAAAUAGACACUCUCUGCAAGAAUUUGGAGAGUGUCAGUGAUGCCAAACAAGCUUUCGAAAAGGAGACUAUGAUGCUGCAGGACAGGCUCAAGGCAUCACAGAGAGCCUGGGAGGCCUGCAAGCAAGAACUGAACCAGGUGAAGAAAAGUUCCACCAAGCUAGACAUGUCUCUGAAGAGCAGCGUUGGGGAGGCAAAGGCUGCCCAGAAUCUACUGGACUUAUUCAUGGAUGAGGUUGCCGCAGCUCUCAGUGAUGCUUCUAUAACUGUGAAGCCAAAAGAUGAAACAAUUUUGGAGAGAAUACAUGAUUUACAGAAAAUGGUGGAAAGCAAAAAAAUUGUAAGUAAUCGCAAGUUUCAAAGAGGCCCUGUUACCAGACCAUACAUUUCAACCAAAAAU